AUGACUUCCCGAACAUGUGUCCUUCUCUUCAUUCUUGCCAUCCUCUCCGGCGCCGUGACGGCGCAGAACUACGGCUGUUUCACCACCAACGGCACAUACAGCACCAAUCUCAACUCCCUCAUCUCAUCUUUUCCACCAAACAUACAAGACAACGGAUUCUACAACGGCACAGCCGGCCAAGCCCCGGACCGAGCCUACGCCACCGCGCUAUGCAGAACCGACUUUCAGCUCGAGGAGUGCUGCACCUGCCUCCGAGAAGCUGUCCCGGAGCUUCUCCGGUUGUGCCCCAACCGGAGACAGGGGAUCCUGUUCAGAGACAAAUGCACGCUGCGCUAUUCCAACGAGUCACUUGCUGACGGCGCCGCAACUGACGGUUACACUAUCUAUUCCAGGAGUCCCCAGACUGCACGGAAUCCUGAGCAGUUUAACCAGAAACUGUGGGGGCUGUUGAAGGAUCUCCGCACUCAGGCGGCCGCAGGAGGGCCGUUGAUGAAAACCGCGGCAGGGAAUGAGACAGGGCCGAGUUUUCAGGACAUAUUCGCCCUGGUGCAGUGCAGGGCUGAUCUCUCAGAAGCGGCCUGCAAGCGUUGUUUGAUCAGCGCCGAGCAAUUUGUGUGUUGUGAAAACAACACGGCAGUAUUAGUACUUAUGCCCCGCUGUACUCUGCAAUAUGAUGCUGUACCCUUUUACAAUAUCACUCGGAUUCAAGAGGUGCAAGCGAUAGUAUCGCCCCUCCCUCCUCCACCGCCGCCGCCAGUGCCCCCACCAUCGUCGGGUAAUACCAAUCGAACUGUGAUCAUCAUUCUUGUUCCAAUUUUGGCUUCUCUGCUUCUUGCUGCUUUUGUUGGAAUUAUCGUCAGAAAGAGAUUCGAGAAGAAGGACAUAACAACAUUACAAGGCGAGGAUGAAGUUGUAAGUGCUGAAGAAUCGCUUUUAUACGAUUUCAAGCAACUUGUAGCUGCAACAAACAAUUUCUCCACUAGUAACAAACUUGGAGAAGGAGGAUUUGGUGCAGUUUAUAAGGGAAAACUUCGAAGUGGCCAACAAAUUGCAGUCAAAAGGCUAUCAAGGAAUUCAGGGCAAGGAGAAUUGGAGUUUAAGAAUGAAGUAUUGUUAAUGGCCAAGCUUCAACAUAGAAAUUUAACAAGGUUGUUGGGAUUCUCACUAAGAGGAUCGGAAAGGCUUCUCGUCUAUGAAUUUGUUCAAAAUGGAAGCCUAGACUGCUCUAUUUUUGAUCCGAUGAAGCGUUCGCUUAUUAAUUGGGAGAGUAGAUACAAGAUCAUAAAAGGCAUUGCCUGGGGACUUGUUUAUCUGCACGAAGAGUCGUGUAUACGCAUAAUUCAUCGUGAUCUCAAAGCGAGCAACAUACUCCUAGAUGGGGACAAGAAUCCCAAAAUCUCCGAUUUUGGCAUGGCAAGAUUGUUUCAACAGGAUGAAACACGAGGCAAUACGCGUAGAAUUGUUGGUACCUUCGGAUACAUGGCACCUGAAUAUGCACGACACGGGGAUUUCUCGAUUAAAUCUGAUGUGUUUAGCUUUGGAGUGCUGGUGUUGGAGAUUAUAUGCGGACAAAGUAACAGCUCAUUCAAGAAUGUGGAAAAUGGAGAGAACGUAGAAUAUAUGCUUAGUUAUGCUUGGAGAAAUUGGUGUGCGGGAAGAGAGAGGAAGUUAAUUGAUCCCGCAUUGAUGUCUGCUUCAACCCCUAUACAUGAUGUUACGAAAUGUAUUCAUAUUGGUUUAUUGUGCGUUCAGAAAAAUGCAAGGGAUAGGCCGCCGAUGGCUUCUGUUUUGGUAAUGCUUCAUAGCUUCUCUGCCACAUUUUCGGUGCCUUUGGAGCCUGCCUUUUUCGUCCCUGGUGGCAAUGAGGACCUGGCCAGAUCAUUGGAGAUCAAACAAACCGAGUUUUCAAAAAAUGAAGCAUUGAUCACUGAGUUACAUCCGCGUUGAGUUGUAGCUUCAUUCAUUCCUUUUACUUUCUGAAGUCACUGGCCUGAUCAUUGGAGAUCAAACCGUGGGUAAAUUUGUUGGUUUUUGUAGUGAUGGGAGUUUGGGCGCCGCUUGGUUUGAUCCGCCUCAUCACCUGUCUCUAGCCAUACUUGAAUUGAGAAUGGAAAUGAAAAUUAUUACAGAGAAACUGAAUGAGAGAUU